CCUUACAACACGGAAGUGUUAACACAAAACUUCUGAUGAACAUUUUGAAUGCAAUCAAGCUCAAACCUUUCAUUGCAAAACCUCUCUUAAACCCUCUUCGUUCUUCGCUUCACACGCGCUCCCUCUCUCUUCACCGAGAAAAACCCAUCAACUGGAACACAACCCACACUUUUGUUCUCCAAAACCCUCUUCUUUCUCUGCUAGAAAACUGCAAAUCUCUGUCCCAAUUGAAACAAAUCCAAGCUCAAAUGACCAUCUCUGGCUUAAUCUCAGAUGGGUUUGCUUUGAGUCGCCUUAUUGCGUUCACUGCAAUAUCAGAGUCAAAGAAUAUUGAUUAUUGUUCUAAGAUUUUGUUCAAUACGCAAAACCCUAAUGCGUUUUCUUGGAAUGUAGCGAUUAGAGGGUGUGUAGAGAGUGAAAUGAUGGGAGAGAGUGUUAUUUUUUAUAAGAAAAUGUUGAGAAAUGGUGGCUCUAGGCCUGAUAAUUAUACUUACCCUCUGUUGUUUAAGGCUUGUGUUAGUUUAGGUUUUAAAAUUUUGGGUCUUGAGAUUUUGGGGCAUGUUUUGAAGAUGAGUUUUGAUGUUGAUGUGUAUGUGCAUAAUGCUUUGAUUCAUAUGUUGGUGUCUUGUGGAGAGCUGGGGUUGGCACGUAAGGUAUUUGAUAAAGGUUGUGUGAGAGAUUUAGUUUCUUGGAAUUCUUUGAUUAAUGGGUAUGUUAGGAGUGGAUUUUCACGGGAGGCGAUAAGGCUUUUUCGAGAAAUGGAAUUGGAGGGAGUUAAGCCGGAUGAGGUGACAAUGAUUGGAGUGGUUUCUUCAUGUGCUCAAUUGGAGGAUUUGACUCUUGGGAAAGAAUUUCAUAAGUAUAUUGAGGAAAGUGGGUUGAAUUUAAGCAUUCCACUUGCAAAUGCUCUUAUGGAUAUGUAUGUGAAGUGUGGGAAGCUUGAGGCAGCCGAAGCAAUAUUUGAUAAUAUGACGAAGAAAACGAUUGUGUCAUGGACUACUAUGAUUGUGGGAUAUGCCAAAUUUGGAUUUUUGGAUAUGGCUAGGAAGAUUUUUUAUGACAUGCCAGAGAAGGAUAUUGUACAAUGGAAUGCCAUAAUUGGAGGCUAUGUUCAGGCCAAGCGUGGCAAGGAGGCUUUGGCUCUUUUUCAUGAAAUGCAAGCUAGCAAUGUAAAGACUGAUGAGGUGACAAUGGUUCAUUGCCUAUCUGCUUGCUCGCAACUUGGAGCACUUGAUGUUGGAAUAUGGAUUCACCAUUUUAUUGAAAAACAAAAUUUUUAUUUGAAUGUUGCACUAGGAACUGCAUUAGUUGACAUGUAUGCAAAGUGUGGGAAUAUAUCAAAGGCUCUCCAGGUUUUUCAUGAGAUGCCAGAAAGAAAUUCGUUGACUUGGACUGCCAUUAUUGGAGGUUUAGCCUUUCAUGGGAAUGCAAAUGAUGCCAUAUCAUACUUCUCAGAGAUGAUUGAUGUCGGCUUGAUGCCAGAUGAGAUAACCUUUCUUGGGGUUUUAUCAGCUUGUUGUCAUGGAGGUUUGGUUGAUGAGGGUCGUAAGUUUUUUGCCCAAAUGAAAUCCAAGUUCAACCUGUUCCCCCAGCUUAAACACUACUCUUGCAUGGUGGACCUUUUAGGUAGAGCUGGACUAUUGGAAGAGGCUGAGCAGCUUAUCAGAAGCAUGCCAGUGAAAGCAGAUGCUGUGGUGUGGGGGGCAUUAUUUUUCUCUUGUCGAAUGCAUGGAAAUAUUUUGCUGGGACAAAGGGCGGCUUCGAAGCUUCUUGAGUUGGAUCCUCAUGAUAGUGGAAUUUAUGUGUUGCUUGCUAACAUGUACGGGGAUGCAAAUAUGUGGGAAGAGGCUGGGAAAGUACGGAAAAUGAUGAAGGAGAGAGGUGUAGAGAAGACUCCGGGUUGUAGCUCUAUUGAGGUUAAUGGCAUUGUCUAUGAGUUUAUUGUUAGAGAUAAAUCCCACCCUGAAUCUGAAGAUAUAUAUGACUGUUUACUUCAGCUUACAAAACAGUUGGAGUCUGUUGGAUACGAUGUUCCCGCCUAUGGAGACAACUUGUUCUUGGGCUUUGAGCUUGAAAAUCAAUGGCCUGCCACAGUGCCAUGCAUCAAAUAAACUCGAUGCAUACCUGCAACAUCCCCUAACACAGGGAAGUCAAGCAUAAUAUCAUCUGUGAUCCGUCACUUAACCUAUUCAGCUAUGCAAUUGAUUUCUAAUGGGUGGAGUACCUGCUCUUGCCGAAGAUGAUUAAUUUAAUUUUGAUCCAAAACCUGGUUGUGGCCCAAGGAGUGAUUUGGAAAUCUUUUUCAUAAGAUACUCAACAUGAAGAGCUUAAUCCUGGUGAAGGGAAGUAGAGCCAGGCCUUAAACUUUAAAAUAUGAGGAUCAUUUUACAAGAUUGUACAAUCUAGAAAAAGAUCAAGAUUCCUAGCAAGGAGGUGGAAGUGGUUUUCUUUCGUAACUUGGCACAUCAGGGUUAUCAAUUGUGGUGUAUCCGUUCUCUUAAUAUGAAAUUUUCUUGGACUAAGCUGGGAUUCAUCUUGCAAAUGGAAGGCUAUGUGGAAGAGAUAAUUGGGCAGCUUGUUUGUGGUCUUUGAAGACAACCCAGUUAAUAUUUCUUCGCUAACUGGCUGGACUGCAUUCUAAUAUUUCACACAUCAACACUUAUCCUAUUUUGCAGCCUUCUUCUGGAAUUUGCAAAAUUGUCUUAUUUCAGGUUAGUUUUUGGUGGCUUUGGUUGCCUUAUUUAUUUCAUAGUUGUCGUACUUUUUUGAAACAAAAUUGUGAUUUGGUCAACUCUCAUCGAUUUAUUUAUGUUACCAUUUUGUUGAAAAAGAAAUAUUUUCUUUUUUCAGUAGUAGGGAUAAUACAGAUACU